AUGAAGAUUACAGUUUUCGGCGGUUCCAAAGGAUGUUCCUGUGCUAUGGUGAAGCAAGGACUAGUGUCAUUCCCUGAUUUUCAAUUUACUCUUAUGGUCCGUAACCCUGGCACAGUCCAGUUUACCGAAGAAGAAAAACAAGCUAUCAAGUGGGUUAAAGGCGAUGCACGUUCCAAAGAAGAUGUCAAGAGUGCGAUUGAUGGCGCAGACUACGUUGUAACCUCAGUCGGAAGCACCGUUAAUAUGAAAACGAGAGCUAUGGCUGAUCCAGGUCUCUGUCGAGAUUCAAUGCAGACAUUAUUGGAGGUCAUUCAAGAGCUCCCCGAACAAGUACGUCCCAAAAGACUGAUAACUGUCUCUACCACCGGCGUGGAUGGGAUGUCUGAGGUUCCUUAUUUGUUCCGCCCACUUUACAAGUAUCUUCUUCACGCCCCACAUGAAGAUAAGCGAGAGAUGGAAAAACUAGUACGAGAAAAUAUUGUGGUUCCAGACUGGAUCAUUGUUAGACCUACUCUCUUGACAGACGGCGCAAAGACAGAGAAGUAUCGUAGUGGAGAGAAGCUGUGCGGAUACACAAUCUCACGAGAAGAUGUCGGACACUUCGUGCUUCACCAGUGUCUAGGAAGUCCACAAUGGAUCAAAAAAAUUCCAGUGGUCAGUUAUUAG